AUGGAAGCAAGUCAGCAGCUCAUUGAGAAAGACAUUGAUAGGGUGGGAAAAAUAGCAUUAUCUGUCAAAACGAAACUAGAAGAACUGGAUAAAGAUAAUUUGCGAAAUAGACAGAAACCCAGAUGUGGCAAAGGGUCUACUGUGGAUAGAUCCAGAAUUGCAACUACAGUUGCCUUGAAAAAUAAGCUGAAGGAGCGAAUGACUGAAUUUCAGGCAAUAAGGGAAAUGAUUCAUCAAGAAUAUCGUGAGCUUGUUGUGCAAAGGUUUUUUACAGUUACCGGAAAUCAUGCUGACGAAGAGACAAUUGACAAGUUGAUGGCACCUGGAAACAGCGAACAAAAUUUCCAGAAAGCUAUUCAAGCGAGUGGGCGUGGCCAGAUAAUGGUGACCAUUGGAGAACUUGAAGAGCGACAUGAUGCUGUUAAAGAACUUGAAAGAAAACUUCAUGAGCUACAGCAGAUAUUUCUUGACCUGGCCGUGUUGGUUGAGGCACAAGGUGACAUGAUGGAUAACAUCGAAUCCCAUGUUUCUAGUGCUGUGAACUAUGUGCAGUCUGGGGUAGUUGCUCUCCAAAGCACAAAGAAGCGAAAAAAGAACUCUCGUAAGUGGAUGUAUAUAGCCAUGUGUCUUCUCCUUUUCAUCGCCGCAGUUAUUGUUUUGGCAGUGCUCAAACCAUGGGUCAAGCACAAGCAUGCAUAG